AUGGAAAAGGUAUUUGUAAAAGAUGAAAUUUAUAAAUACCCUACCAAAAUAAUUUGUGACUUUAAAAAAUGUCAAAAAGAAUCAACAAAUAGUGAUGAUUUUCAUUUUUGUCUUCAAUGUAAUGGAGAUAGAAUUAUUUGUAAAUCAUGUGCAACUAGACAUCAGGAUGAAUCAGAACACCAAACAAUUCCUUAUGAAGAAUUUAAAAGGGUUACUUUUUUUCUUAAAUAUCAAAAAUUCACACAAGGCUACAAUGAUAUUGUAAAAUAUGAUAGAUCAAUGGAUUUAAAAAAUAAACUUUUGUUUGUUAAUACUAAAACAAAGACAAUUGAUCAUGGAUACAAAUGGGGUCAAAUUGGAUUAUCAGAUAAAGAUCCAUUUUUAGUCGAUAGUUUUAUUGGUUCUAGUGGCUCAGGUAAAUCAACCACAAUUUGUAACUUGACAAAAACUUGCGAUCAUCCAAUUCCUGGUGGUGAUUCAAUUACAUCAACCUCUUCAGAUUUAAAUUCAUUUAUUGGUGAAACUGUUGGUGAAGAAAAGUUUAAAUAUGUAAUUAUUGAUUCUGAAGGAAUCAAUGGAACAUUUUCUCAAAAAACCAAUGAUUUAAAAGAAAGAAAUGAAAAAAAAGAAAAAGAUGAGAAAAAUGAAUCAUUAUUAAUAAAGGCUGAUAUUAGAAGUAAAUAUGUCCAAUCAUCUUAUCCAAGAUUAUUAUAUUUAUGUUCAGAUGUUUUUGUUUUAACAUUUUAUGGUGAUGCCAGAAAUAGAGGUGAUGUUAUUGAUAGUUUACUUGAAUUUUCUUCGGUUGCAGCUGAUAGUGCAAAUAAUCCAUGUAGUCCACAUUUAAUCAUUUUAUUUAAUAAUUCUAAUAAAAAUAAAGAAUAUGAUGAUAUGAAAUAUGCCAAGAAAGAAUAUUUUAAGGAUUAUUUUCAUGGUUCAAAAGAGAUAGAAACACGUUUUCAAUCAGUUUCAAUCAUUUUCUUACCAAAUAUUAAUGGAAAGGAAUUAGAUUCUUUUAAUAGAUAUCAAAGUCAAUUUAAAAAAUUGGAAGAAACUAUUAGUGAAAAGGUUUUAGAAUCUUUAAAAUUUAAAAAUAAUAGAACUCCAAAAAUUUCUGUUGAAAAAUCAAAAUGUAUGAAAAGAAUUUCAAAUUUAACUAAUUUCUUUAGUAAAAAUCCAAUAGGUUCACCCGAUUUAGUUAAAUUAAAUUGUACUGGAAUUAUUGAUGAUUUUUCAAAUUUUCAAGAACCAAAAUCAACAAAUAAAAUUUUUAGAAAUUUCACUUCAAAUAAUAGUAAUGAUAAUAAUAAUAAUAAUAAUAAUAAUAAUAAUAAUAAUAAUAAUAAUAAUAAUAAUAAUAAUAAUAAUAAUUAUAUUAAUUUUAAUGCAGAUGAAGAUUUGCCAAGUUCUUCUUCUUCUUCAAAUAAAAUUGGGAAUAUGUCACAUUACACAUUUUCUGAUUCAUCAAUUAAAUCCAUUCAAAAUCUUUUAGGAACACCAAUAACAUUUUCAAUAAAUUCAGAAGAAUCUUAUUUUGAACCAGAUAUAUUAAAGGAUAGAGAGGCAAAUAUCAGUAAUAAAACAACAACUACAACUACUUCAUCUAAUAAUAAUAAUAAAAAUCAUAAUAAUAAUAAUAAUAAUAUUAAUAAUACUAAUAAUAAUAAUAAUAAUUAUAAUAAUAAUAAUAAUAAUAAUAAUAAUAAUAAUAAUAAUAAUAAUAAUAAUAAUAAUAAUAAUAAUAAUAAUAAUAAUAAUAAUAAUAAUAAUAAUUAUAUUGAUAAAACACAACUAGAAGAAAGACCAAUAGUAGAUGGUCUUUUUCAAACUAAUCCAGACUUAGAUAAUUUACAUCAAAAUCAUAAAUCUGGAAGUGAAGAAUCAACUUUGCCAAUUUAUUCAAAAAAUCAAGAACAUUCUUUGACAGAUCAAAUGAUAAAUUUACAUGCCAACUACUUAUUUGAAUUCUUUUUAAUAAAUUAUUAUUAUUUUGUUGAAACAUUUAAAUGUAAUUCAAAAGAAUCAAAAAGUUACACCCAUUGUCCAGAGUAUUCUAAAAAAUUGCAUCCACGUUUUGAAAGCAUAUUAGAACUAGUAUCAGGUGAAAUACAUGGGAUGGUACCGUGUGGUUCAAAAAAUGUACAUGGCUAUUCAUGUACAAAUUUUAGGGGUACUCAUACAAAGCAUAUAUCAAGUGAAACAUAUAAACCCAAGCACACUGAAAUAUUUGGCUCUUUUUUUAACCAAUCAGAAGUAAGAUAUACAUGGGAUGGAGAAUUUGAUGAAUCAGUAAAAUAUGAUGAUUUAUCAUUAUUAUUAAGUAAUCACCUCUCUGGUAAAGAAACAAUUAAACAAGUUUUCAUUGGCCAUGCAACAACAAAUCAAGGUGUUUGUUUUGGUUGUUGUUUAAAUUCUCCAUAUAUAGAAUAUAAAUGUGGACAUUUUCUAUGUUUAGAUUGCUCACUUGGUAUAUUUUCUCAAAUGCCUGAUCGACCUAAAGAUGAAUGUAGAGUUCCAGGAUGUUAUGGGGAUAGAGAAUAUAUAUUAAAGGAAAUAGAUUUUAUUAAAACAAUGGGUGCAAGAGUUCUAUCAUUGGAUGGUGGAGGAGUUAGAGGUAUAUUACAUUGCAAUGUUUUACAAGAAAUACAAAAGCAACUAUAUGGUAUUCAUAUUUCAAAAUUGUUUGAUUUAAUUGUUGGUACAUCUGCAGGUGGAUUAGUUGCUUUACAACUUGCAUCAACUGAGAAAACACUACCAGAAUUAGCUAUAUCAUUUGACAUUUUGGCAAAAAAAGGUUAUGAAAGACCUACAUUGGGUAUUAUUACCCAUAUAUUUGGAAAACCCAAAUAUAAAAGAAAAAAACUAAAAGAAUGUUAUAAAACCAUUUUAAAUGACAAAUUUUUAUCAAUUUCAUUUCCAAAAAUAAGGGCUGCAGUUGUAACUGUAACACAAGAGUCUGGUGAUUUUGAUGAGUGUAUAUUUUCAAAUUAUCAAAAAAAAACAUACCCAUCAAAAUGUUCAAAACAAACACAUUUUAUAUCUGGUUCAAAAGUAACUGACGCAGCUGAAGCCACAUCAGCUGCACCUAAAUAUUUCAGAACAUUUGAAUAUAAUAGUCGUCAAUUUCUUGAUGGUGGUUUAAAGAAUAAUAAUCCUUGUAAAGUUGCAAUGAAAGAGUAUAAAGAUAUGUGGCCUUGUAGAAACUUAGACACGUUAGUUUCACUUGGUACUGGUGAUUUCCCAUCACCAGAAAAUCAAAAAAAUAACAUUUUUAAAGUUGGUGAUCAGGAAUAUAAUCUUUUAACACAAUCUAUAAAUUCUUGGAGAGAAGUUCAUGAAAUUUAUUAUGGUUUCAUAUGGGAAGGUAAAAAUUCAUUUAGGUACAAUCCAAGUUUCCAGAAAUCAAUUGGUUUGGAUGAAAUGGAUGAUAAUACAAUGAAUAUUUUAAAACAAAAAGUAAACAUUGAAAAUGAUCCAACUGUACAUUCAAUUAUAAAGAAAUCUUUAUCAUCAUUAUUUUACAUUGAUGAUUUAAUUUUUAAUAAAUCUAAAAAAGAAUUAACUGGUAAUAUAAAAUGUAGACUUGAUAAAAUUCCAAUCGAAAUAAUUAAUCAAUUAAAAAAAGGUUCAGCUUUUGUAUUAAAGUAUUCAAACAAUGAUAAAAAUUUUCAAUAUUUUUCUCCUUCACCUCCACACCCAAAUAAUCAAUUAAAUAAUUUUUCAAAUCCAUUCAUAAUCAAAAAUCCACCAGAUAUAAUUGAUAUCUUAUGUACUAUGGUUGCAAAAAAUAAUAUUAAAAAUGAUACUUCAAUUUCAGGUAAUCCUUUUUCAAUAAAUAAUGGUAUAGAGAAUUCAUUCAUAACUACUAAAAAUUAA